GGCGGCGCCGCAGCCGCGCCCUCAGGGGAGCGGCCUGGGCGGCCCCGCCCACGCCGGGCUGCCCGCACCGCCCGCGCCGCUCGGCUGCGAACGGGGAAGGAAGCCAAUGCGAAAGGAGCGCUGAGAGCCCGGUGAGCACCGCUGCGGCGGGUCAGAGAGGCCCGGCCGGCAGCAGCGGGGCGGAAAGCAGCGCCAAGAUGGAAGAUCACGGUCAGGGUGCGGCGGCCCCACGACCGCCGGCGGUGCCCGCAGAGCCCUCCAGGAAGAUCCUCUGAGGCGGAGUGCGCAGGCUCGGCCCGCUGCGUGCGUCCCGGAGCGGAGGCCGGGUCAUCCCGGCCGCGUCCAGCGGUUCUGGUGACAGCGGCCGCGCGUCCGCCAUGUCCCAUACCGGCAACAGCGGCGAGCCCUCGCGGGGCCGCCGCUCGCGCCCGCCGCACGCCCAGCAGGACACGGCGGAGGCGGCGGGCGACGGGCUCCGGCAGCUCAGCAUCGACGAGGGCGACGACAGGGAGCACAACAGGAUGAUCCGCAGCCAGUAUCGGGAGCUCAUCUCCACCGUGCAGCAAAAUCGAGAGGCUAUGCUGAAUUCAAAAAGCAACAGACUGACAGAAGCUUUGGAAGAGGCCAAUAGACUUUUUGAUGGAGUACGCCGUGCACGAGAGGCUGCACUGGAUGCCCAGUUUCUUGUUAUAGCAUCCAAUAUAGGAAAGGAGAAGGCCAAUGAGUUACACUCAGAGAUGUCAGCAUUUGACUCAACAGCAUUUGCAGAAGACUUGCUGACCUUUAUGGGUGUAAAUCGCACAGAAGUAGAAGAAACUGAUGACUCUGAGGAAGGAUCAGGUAUUUUUUUACCUAGUGAUGCCUGGAAGACAAUGGGAGAAGAAGCACCCAAGUACUUCAGAAGAGCACAUACUUUUCACUGCAUAAGGGGAACUUUCAAGUCUGAGCCUCCUGUACCAAAGCAACGGAUUGAGAGGCAGAAGAAAGCUAGCAGAGGAAAAGCAGAACAGGCAAUGCCUGCUCAGUUAAAAAAAAUGGAGGAGUCUCAUCAAGAAGCUACAGAAAAAGAAGUAGAGAGGAUCUUGGGAAUACUGCAGACUCAUUUUGAAAAUGAUCCUAAUACACCCAUUUCCUUCUUUGAUUUUGUGAUUGAUCCGAACUCGUUUGCACGCACUGUGGAAAACAUGUUUCAUGUAUCCUUCCUUAUCAGGGAUGGUCUUGCAAAAAUAAAGAUGGAUGAAGAUGAAUUGCCAAUAAUAGAGCCUCUAAAACCCAGCGGGGCAGAGGAGGACAGCAGAGCACGGAACCAGGUGGUCUUAAGUCUGGACCAGAAAGAAUGGCAGGAGAUCAUAGAAACAUUUCAGAUAAGAGAAGCCAUGAUUACCCCUCUUUCUCAGAGCACUGAAGAGGAAAUGGGGACAGAGUAAAUAUUCAAGUGCCUUAAAGAAAAUACUUAAAAACAUUUGUUUCAACAAUUGUUUUAUAUGUAUAUGUUGUAAAAUUAAAUUUAUUUUUUCUGGAACAUCUCAACGCUUUAUACAAGCUGCUUUGUUUUUAGAACAUGGAAUGGGUUGGGUCAGAAGGGACCUUAAAUCCCAUCCAGUGCCACCCCUGCCAUGGGCAGGGACACCUUCCACUAUUCCAGGGUGCUCCAAGCCCUGUCCAGCCUGGCAUUGGACACUGCCAGGGAUCCAGGGGCAGCCCCAGCUUCUCUGGGCACCAUGAGGAAGUUUAGACUUGUUAUUUAUAUAUUAUCACUCAGUUUGCUACUUCAUAUAAACUUUAUUGGCAUUCAUGAAAAAGGUAAAAAGGAAACACUGUCCUUUCCUCGUCUCCCCCCAGCAGCAGCAAGUGGAAUUCACGUGGUUAAACAUCCCUGCUGGGAUAACCUUGCUAUCCUGUAUGAUUUUGGGUGCUGCAGGAGAAUUGAUACUGCCCUGCUGUUCUUCCUGUUCUGGAAAUAAAGGUUUGAGUUUGGA